AUGCACGCAACAAAUACCAGCAGCAAUAACGAUGGCCUUGCCUCAGGUCCAUCGCUGCUGCUCUUCGGACCGCAGCUAACCCGGCUCACCGAGUCCCACCUAACUGACCUCCGAACCACAAUCCUAGGCGAUCCCAACCUCGACUUCCUCGCCAAGGCAGUCCGCGACUUACCUUCCCAGUGGGCGACCACAGUGCAAAUGGCCUGUCCCAGCCUCGCGGCCCUGGCCUCCGGCUCCCGGGGGGACCUCGAACUCAAAGGAGGAGGAGGAGUUUCUGAGAUCCAGCAGCGACUGCAGCAGCUCGCAGAAUUCUUUGCCGACAACGGUGGCGCAAUCCCCUCGAGUGAACCGCCUAACAACGCCCUCCUCGCUCCGCUGACGGUGAUUUCCCACGUUGUCGAGCACCUCCGCUUCCUAGACCAGCGCCAGGGGGCCAUCCACGUCCAGGGGUUCUGCAUCGGUUUCCUGACCGCGACGGCGGUGGCUGGCGCGCGGAAUAAGGAGGAGCUGGCGCGACUGGCUGGCAUCGCCGUACGGCUUGCGGCGUGCGUCGGAGCGGCGAUUGAUCUCGGGGAGCACGAACAGUUGCGACGGCCGGGAUCGCUGGGACUCAACGCGGCAUACUCGGUGCGCUGGACUUCGGAGGCUGAAAGGCAGUGCUUGGAAGAGACGCUUGCGUCGUUCCCGGAAGCUUACAUUUCUUGUGCAACGGACGUCGACCGAGUGACCAUCACCCUCCCCUCGGGCCGCCUAGCCGAGUUCUCUCAACGACUUGCCGACGGCGGUGGCCCGAUCCUGCAGCCAGUCGGUUUGUAUGGGCGAUACCACGAGGCCAGGCCGGACCGCGAGGCACUGGUGCGGGAGUUGAAGGCAUUGUGUCGGGAGAACGAGGAUUUCCGGUUCCCGACGGCCGAACAUUUGGUUCUGCCGCUUCGAUCGACUGCUUCUGCUGAUGGCCACCGGGUCAUCACCCGGGGGGAGUUGUCGGAUAUGGCCAUAGAUAACACUCUUACGCAGAAAUGCGAGUGGUUUGAGACGGUACGGGCGGCUGUUGCAGGGAGUGGUGAUCGGCCCGUCAACAUGGUCGCUAUCGGAGGGCCCGGAGCGGUUCCUCGAUCCCUGGUCCCCGGCAACGCAGGCGGGAAAUCCACCCCCACCCUGCCUCGCCAGUCGGCAGUGGUCAACGGGGUGAAUGGGACAUAUGGGACCUCAAUUCCUCGUCCGGUCUCCGAACCGCCAUUCCGGGGCGAUGCCAUCGCCGUGAUUGGCAUGGCAUGCCGAUAUCCCCAAGCCCCCUCUCUCUCCGAGUUCUGGCAGCUGAUCACCUCCGGACGCAACGCCGUCGGGCCGGUCCCCCCCAGCCGGUUCCGCGCCGACGAGCUCUGGCGAGAGCCCAAGGGCCCCUUCUGGGGCAACUUUGUAUCGGACCCGGAGGCGUUCGACCACCGGUUCUUUCAGGUUUCGGCGCGCGAGGCGGCAUCGAUGGAUCCCCAGCAGAGAUUGAUACUCCAAGUCGCGUACGAGGCCAUCGAGUCCGCUGGUUACGCCGGCGGACGUGACGAUGGUCAGCCUCAACGGGUUGGGUGCUACAUGGGGGUUGGUUCGGUCGACUACGAGGCCAACGUCAGUUCGGACAACGCAACGGCGUUCUCGGCCACGGGCACGCUGCGUGCUUUUAUCAGUGGCAAGGUCAGCCAUCACUUUGGGUGGACCGGGCCGUCGGUGACGUUUGAUACGGCGUGCUCGUCGUCGGCGGUGGCCAUUCAUCACGCUGUCAAGGCCCUGCAAACAAAGGAAUGCCCCGUCGCCAUUGCCGGGGGCGUCAACCUCAUCACCAGCCCCAGCUUGUACCAGAACCUGGCAGCGGCUUCGUUUUUGAGCCCGACGGGGGCCUCUCGGGCGUUUGAUGCGCAGGGAGAUGGAUAUUGCCGCGGCGAAGGCGCCGGGGUGUUGGUGCUCAAACCGCUUGCCCAAGCUUUGGCCGAUGGGGACGUCGUGCUGGGCACUAUUCUGGGUACAGCGGUAAACCAGGGCUCCAACUGCAGCCCCAUCACGGUUCCGGAUUCAGCGGCCCAGAGCGAACUGUAUUCGCAAGCCCUGGCCAGCGCUGGCGUGGCGCCUUCCGACGUCACGUAUGUCGAGGCUCACGGCACGGGGACCCCUGUAGGAGACCCGAUCGAGUGCGCCAGCAUCCGCAGCGCGCUGGGAGGAGCGCAUCGGCAGCAGGAAGUAACCAUUGGGUCGGUCAAGGACGUGAUCGGACACACGGAGGCUGCGUCGGGGGUGGCGGGGUGUAUCAAGACGUUGCUGAUGAUGCAGCACGGGGUGAUCCCGAAGCAGCCCAACUUUUCCCGGUUGAACAGCAAGAUCCCGCCGCUGGGACCGGAUAAGUUGGCGAUUGCCACGCAGCGAAGGCCCUGGGAGACGGUGGAUGGGGGGAAACGCACGGCGCUGGUGAAUAACUAUGGCGCUGCUGGGAGCAAUGCGGCCAUCCUCCUCCAGGAGUACUGUUCUGACUCGGCGGACUCGGCGGACUCGUCGGCGGACGUCGAUACGAAUGAUACGACUGAGUACCCCCUCGCUAUAGCAGCCAAAACACCAGAGAGUGUGCGAAACUACGCCGCCGCGCUCAAGUCGUACCUCGACCGACAGCUUACCAUACCCGCGGGCAUCAGCACCAAGACACAGCCCUCAUUAAAGGACAUCGCCUUCCACCUCGCACGCAGACUCAACCUCAACCCCUCCUUCCAGCACAUCGCAACAUGGACGUCCUCCACCCUCUCCGGUCUCUCCCAGGACCUCGACGCCUUAGCCUCCGGCACGCGUCCCGUGGCAUUAUCCCAGACAUCCCGCGCCGACCCCAAGAGCAGCAGCCCGUUGCCCGUAGUCCUGACUUUUGGCGGCCAAACCGGCCGCACCAUCCACCUUGCGCAGGAAGUCGUCGAGCAGUCCCACUCACUGAACCUCCACCUCACCCGCUGCGACACCGCUUGUCGCAGCCUAGGUCUACCCCCCCUCAUCCCACGGAUCUUUGACGCAUCCCCCUUCGACACCAACAACAACGGGGGUCUAGUCGCGCUACAUGCGGCGCUCUUCUCAAUCCAAUACGCCACCGCGCGUACGUGGCUGGACGCGGGUGUCCGUCCGGCUGCGCUGCUGGGACACAGUUUCGGACAGUUAACGGCGCUGUGUGUGGCCGGGGUUUUGGAUGUGGAGGAUGGGUUAAGACUGGUUACUGGGCGGGCGGCGUUGAUUGAGGAUGGGGGGUUGUGGGGGAAUGAUCCCGGUGCGAUGCUGGCUGUUGAGGGGGUUGAGGGGGGAGUCGAUGUUGAGCGGUUGUUGGAGGGUGUGUCUGGGGGGAUUGGUGAGAAGCUGGAUGUGGCGUGUUGGAAUGGGCCGAGGAGUGUUGUGCUGGCGGGGGAGACGGCGGCUGUGGAUGCUGUUGAGGGGGUGUUACGUGGGAAGAGUAGCAGCAGCAGCAGCAGCAGCAGCAGCAUCCGGGUGUCCCGGCUCAGCAACAGCCACGCGUACCACUCGCGCCUCGCAGACCCCAUUCUCGACCGGCUCCGAGCCCUGGCUGCGUCGCUCACAUGGCGGCCGCCGACUAUCCCCAUCGAGAUGUGCUCGCCAGGCCUUAAGAGCAGCAGCUGGGCCGUCGUCGGGGAGCCGGUGGACGUGGAAGACGCCGCAAGCCAAAUCGCGUCACACACCCGUGAUACAGUCCACUUCGGCGCCGCCGUCGAGCGCAUUGCUCAGCGCUACCCGGCCGGGUGCGUCUGGCUCGAGGCUGGCUCUGCUUCGCCUGUUGUUGCUAUGGCGCGCCGUGCUCUGCCUACGUCGACGGGACAUGUCUUUUUGCCGCUGGACCUGGGCAGCAACAACAACAACAACAACAACAACAACAACAACAACAACAACCCCUGGCCCGGUCUGGCACGGGCAGUGACCAGCCUCUGGACAGCCGGGUCUGCCGCCACCUUCUGGCCGUUCCAUCAGUCCCAUCAGAAACAACAUACCUGGGUCGACCUACCGCCCUACCAGUUCGCAAAAACCAAGCACUGGAUCGACUUUGAGGCGCCUGCACGGCGGGGCGCAGUCGACACAACAACCCCUGAGUCGGACUCGUCUGCCGACUCUGGUCCACCGGCGCUGGUGCGUUUGGUGCCCGGGCAGCAGCACCGCAAGGCAGGUGACGAGGCCCUCUUCGCUGUGGAUGCGUCUCACGAUGACUUCAUUGCAUGCGUCAGUGGCCACGCCGUGCUGGGGCAGAGCCUGUGCCCGGCGUCCAUGUACUUUGAGCUUGUGAUUCGCGCAGCCAGAUCGUUCCAACCUUCUCCCGACAAGGCGGUGCCUCGUCUCGAGAACCUGCGCAUCCUUUCCCCCCUCGCACUAAAACCCGACGGACGGUUAUAUCUCUCCCUCAUCCCUGUUGGUGCUGCUGAGAAAGGAGGUAGCACCUCGACAUGGAACUUCUCCCUCUUCUCCUCCUCCUCCUCAGGCACACCAUCGCCCUCAUCCUCGCGAACCACCCACGCCCAAGGCACCGUCUCCUUCCUCGAAGCCGACUCCACCGCCGUAGCCUCGCGCUUCCGCUUCCUCGGCCGGCUGAUGGGGGGCAGUUCCCGGAACGAGCAGGUUGCUCUGGCCCCUGGGGCGGACCGGUUGUCGGGAGAUAUUAUUUAUCGCGUUUUUGGCCGGAUUGUUAAUUAUGCGGCUCAUUAUCAGGGGGUGAGAGAUAUUGUGGCGGCGAACGGGGAGGUUGUUGGGGAUGUGGUUAUGCCGGGGUCUUCUACUCAGUCUCUACUAGGCGUGUCGAACCCCCUGGCAGUCGACAACUUUUUACAGGUUGCGGGCAUCCACGUCAACUGCCUGACUGGAGACCGAGCCGACGACGACGUCUUUGUCUGCACUGCGAUCGGGGAGGUGCUCUGGAGCGACACCUUUAUGGCCGGGCUGAACAACAGCGACACCGGCAAGUCUUCCAACUCGGCUACCACUAGCUUAAGUGCGAGCGGCGCCUGGAAGGUCUACUCCAACUUGGAUGCCAAGCGCAAAAACAAAAACACCGUCGCCAACGACAUUCUGGUCCUGGAUCCCGUCUCGGGCGACGUCGUCCUGGCCAUACUCGACGCCGAGUUCACCCGAGUGUCCAUGUCGUCGUUGUACAGGGCCUUGUCGAAGCUGAACGGCAGCAGCCCCAGGCCGGCUUCGCGUUCUCUUCCCACGCCGCCGCCUGAGGAGGAAUCACUUGACGAGGUAAAAGGGGCUACCUAUUCUCAAGACAUCCCGAACGGGACACUCCCGCAAGUCCCACGCUCGGAAUCAGUCGACGAGGUAAAAAAGCCCCGCCUUCUCGAUGCGCUACGAAAUCUGCUGAGCGAGGUCCUGGGUGCCGAGUUGGCCGAAAUCCAGCCGACUUCUCCCCUGGAGGAUCUCGGUGUGGACUCGCUGAUGAUUACCGAGCUGGCCGGCGAGCUCAAGAAACACUUUUCCGUCGACAUUCCGCUCAGCCAGCUGCAGGAGCUCACCGAUGUUCAGUCACUGUCCCGUUGCCUGGAGCUUCAGGUGGGUGGUUACGAGUCGAACGAGUCGGUAGGCCUUGCAACUCCUGAAACCACUGGCUUGGAUACUCCUCCGCCCGUGACCAACGGAGUCAACGGAGUAGUCCGUCACGAAGAAGCACCCACUGGCAACUUCGGCGGAAGUGCCGUGGCCGACGCAGCCAGUGAAUGGCUGGCGAGCAACAGAGACACAUACGACACCGUCGUCCAACAGAGUCAGUUGCAACGCUUCCGCCAAAACGUGUAUCCCCACCAGGCGCAGCUCGUAGUAGCCUACGUAAUCGAGGCGUUAGCUAGACUCGGCUGCGACCUCAGGACCCUCCAGCCAGGCGAUGCUCUGCCCGCAGUCCAACACCUGCCGAGACACGAAAAGGUCAUGGCGCAGAUCUACCGCAUCCUCGACGACGCCGGGCUCGUCAACGUCGACGGCGGGGGAACUCGCAGACGAACAUCCCAGCCGACGCCGCAGACCACCUCGUCGGACCUACACUCCAAAAUCCUCCAACAAUUCCCCCAGCACGUUUCGGAACACUCCCUCCUGCACACGACGGGCUCCCGGCUGGCCGACUGUCUCUCCGGCCAUGCGGACCCCAUAUCCCUGCUCUUCGGCAACGCUGAAGCCCGCCGCUUGCUCGGAGACGUGUACACCAACGCGCCCAUGUUCAAGGCCGGCACCCUGUUCCUCGCGCGCUUCCUCGCCGAGACCCUCACACAACAUCUGCAGAAUCGCAACCACGGCGAAAUUCGCAUCCUCGAGCUCGGCGCCGGCACCGGCGGUACCACAAGCCACCUCCUCGAGCACCUCACAGCCUCAGGCCUAGGCCAGCAGCACAACCUGCGCUACACCUUCACCGACCUCUCCUCCUCCCUCAUCACAGCAGCCAAAAAGAAGUUCGCGCGGUACCCCUUCAUGGAGUACGCCGUCCUCGACAUCGAACAGACCCCCCGCGCCGAUUUACUCGGCCAGUUCGACAUCAUCAUCUCCACCAACUGCAUCCACGCCACGCGGGACCUGACCCGUUCGUGCACCCACAUCCGACGCAUGCUGCGCGACGGUGGGCUGCUGUGUCUGGUGGAACUCACGCAGAACCUGUUCUGGUUUGAUUUGGUGUUUGGUCUGCUCGAGGGCUGGUGGCUGUUUGAGGAUGGUCGGAGUCACGCCCUGGCGUCGGAGGAAAGAUGGCAGAGGGUGCUGUUGGAGUCGGGGUUUGAGUGGGUUGAUUGGUCUGAUGGGAGGAGUGCAGAAGCAAGUAUCCUCCGCUUGAUCGUGGCAUCUACGUCUUCGUCUCCGCGAUCGCAUCCUCCGCUUCCGGUUUCGCUUCCGCUUCCACAGCAGGAGCCGCUUCCGCAGCAAGAAACCGUCGUCUUCAAACAAUCAGGCCCCCUCGCCCUGCACGCCGACAUCUACUACCCACCAACCCUAGAUCCCCCCGGCAGCAAACCCCGUCCCGUCGCUCUAAUGAUCCACGGCGGCGGCCACAUCCUCCUCUCCCGCCGCGACAUCCGCCCGACCCAAACCACUCUCCUCCUCACCGCCGGCUUCCUCCCCAUCAGCAUCGACUACCGUCUCUGUCCGGAAACCACACUCCUCGAGGGGCCUAUGACUGAUGUGUGUGAUGCGCUUGCUUGGGCACGGCAUACCCUCCCGCACUCGGAUAAUUCCCCACGGCGGUAUAGACCAGAUGUGUCUGUUGAUGGGGCCCGUGUUGUAGCAAUCGGCUGGUCGACGGGGGGGAUGUUGGCGCUUAGUCUAGGCUGGACAGCCCCCGCAGCCGGGCUGAAGGCGCCGGAGGCGGUGCUGGGGUUUUAUUGUCCUAGUGAUUAUGAGGAUGAGUGUUGGGGAAGGGUUAACCUACCCUUUGGGGAGGACAUCCAAGAGGGGGAAGAGUGGGACGUAUGGGAGGGAGUGAAAGACGCGCCGAUUGUGGGGUAUAACCCGCCGGCCGCGGCACUGGCAAAGGGCGGGUGGAUGGCGAGGGGGGAUAAGCGGUCGAGGAUUGCGUUGUUUAUGAAUUGGCGGGGGAAGACGGUGGAGGUGCUUGUGCAUGGUUUGCGGAAACCUCAGCAGCUCAACAAGGAAGACGGUGAGACCAAAAAGGGGACGCCCAUGCUGCCGACGCCAACGCCGGAGCAGGUAGCAUCGAUUAGCCCGCUCGCUCAGAUACGGCUGGGCAAUUACAAGACCCCGACGUUUCUGGUGCACCCGGUGGACGACGAUCUGAUUCCAUGGCAGCAGGCGCAGCGGACGGUCGAGGAGCUGCAGGCGAGGGGGGUCCAGGCUGAGGUGAGGAUUGUGGAUAAGGCGGUUCAUUUGUUUGAUCUUUAUCCGCGGUAUGACCGGCAUCCGGGGGCUGUUGCGGCGCUUAAGGACGGGUAUGAGUUUCUGAAGCGGUCGGUGGGACUGUGA